ACAAAUGCCUCACUUAGCAAUGUAAAAUUUGGGCUCAAUUGUGAUCUAAGUCGACCUGUAAAUAGACAGAUGACAGAAAAAAGACAGAAUUAUAGAUAAAAAGAUCUUUAUAUUAAUAUGAUCAAAUCAGAGCCCUCUGACUAUACUAAAUGUCAUUCAAAUUUGUACUUUAGUAUGUAUCAUUUUAAUAUUUGUCACCAAUAUACACUUAUACUUCCAAUGUGAUACCCAAUUUCAGUUUAGUGCUGCACAAUAUUUUUAGUUUAGCACUUUAUUUUCUCAAGUUGCAACAUUUUAUCUAUUCUCAUUACCACUGGGAAGUUUAUUUUUUUCAAAAACUUCAUAUGAAAGGUCAUUCACUAAAGUGCAACUUUAAUGUAAUGAAGAGCAGGAGCCCGAGUUAUUUCUCCAGUUCUUUCUAUGCAGACUUCAAAGUAGGAUUAUUUUUAUCCCGGGCUGAAAUAAUGUCUCAUUUAUAAAGUUUCUAAAUAAUAUUAAGAGGCAUCUUGUCACUCCUGGUAUUUAUUUAUGACAGGACCAAGGCUCUUGUCCUUUGCCCUUUACUUAAGAAUAAUUAUUUUCUGAUAAUUCUGAAAACACCGAAUUAAAGGAAUCAAAAUUGUAAUUAAAAUUCAGUACAAUCCUGGACAAAGUUAACUGGAGUUACAGUCCUUUUUAUUAAACAAUAAGGCAGUUAAAAUUACUGUAUUCAUCUUAUCUCUAAGGUUUGCAUUCGUCUUAAAAAACUUCAACUCUUGUUCCUUGUUUUUCCCCCCCUAUACAGUAUCCUAUGCACGUGAAGACCAUCUGAAGCGUCCACGUGAUGGUAGAAAGGAGGACUGUUAUGUCAUGCCACGUUGAGCAACCAGCAAAUUUCCAAUUUGGAGCGAGGACUCCACAAACAAAGCAAUCAUAGCCUGCCUGCUGGCUUUGUACUUUCCUUCUACAGCAGAAGGAUAUUCGUGCUUGCGUGUGCGCGUUUGCAGUUGGCAGUUUUCAGAAUCUCAGUUACUAGCAAGGGGGCGGAAGAAACCACAGGUUAAACCGCAGCCUUUAGCACUCCGUGCCCCGGCACACAACUGCGAGGCAAUAGCGACACUCGGCUCCCGUCCUGCAAAAAGAGGGCAGACCUAAUCCGCGGCCUUCUCUCGCCAUCAACCGGACUGCCCAGCUGGCGAAUGCAAAACAGCGGGCGUAAAUUACGCACCCAGAAGCAGACCGUCCAUGUCAAAGAUCAGGUGCCACAAAAGCAAUUCCACCUUAACACAGAAGAAUGAUCAUCCUUUUCCAGUUGAUGCUUUAUCUGAGGCCAACCAACAGUGCUAUAGAUGAAAGACUUUCAAAGCCCAACAUCAUCUUGUUCAUGGUUGAUGACCUUGGCAUUGGAGACUUGGGAUGCUAUGGAAAUACAAGUCUAAGAACUCCCAAUAUUGAUAAUUUAGCUAAAGGAGGCAUAAAACUAACUCAUCAUGUAGCAGCUUCCCCUUUAUGUACUCCAAGUAGAGCAGCUUUCUUGACAGGACGAUAUCCUAUCAGAUCAGGAAUGGCUAGUCUGAAUCGGCUUGGAGUCUUCUUAUUUUCAGCCUCUUCAGGGGGUCUGCCUACUGAGGAAAUAACAUUUGCAAAGCUUCUACAACAGGAAGGCUAUUCUACAGGUCUUAUAGGCAAAUGGCAUCUUGGUUUAAAUUGUAACAGCAGUCAUGAUUUCUGCCACCAUCCCUUAAAUCAUGGAUUUGAUCAUUUCUAUGGAAUUCCUGUGAAUAAUAUUAGAGACUGCAGACCUGGGGAUGGAAGUGUUUUCAUCAAAGGAAUUAAAAUGUAUAUUCCCUCAACCCUUCAAAUCACUGGAAUUGCUCUAAUAACUUUGGAAGUUAUGCAUUAUAUUGGCUUUUUCAGAAUUCCACAUAGAAUGGUAGGCUACUUCUUUGUGUUGGUUGUUACAUUGGUGGCAAUCAUAUUCCUCUUCUUUAACAACUUUCGGCAUCUAAAUUGCUUCCUGAUGAGAAAUUACAGUAUUACCCAGCAACCAUGGAUUUAUGAAAACCUAACCCAGAGAUUUACAGAAGAUGCCAAGCAUUUUAUAAGAAGGAAUAUUGAUAAACCAUUUCUCCUAUUCCUAUCAUACUCUCAAGUCCAUACAGCUCUUUAUGCAUCACUAGCUUUUAGAGGAAAGAGCAAGCAUGGCUUAUAUGGGGAUGCUGUGGAAGAAAUGGACUGGAGUGUAGGACAGAUUCUCCAAGUAUUAGAUCAAUGGAACUUAAGCGAGAAUACUCUUGUAUAUUUCACUUCAGAUCAAGGAGCACAUCUUGAAGAAAUAUCAGACAAUGGAGAAGUCCAUGGUGGUUAUAAUGGGAUAUUUAAGGGUGGAAAGGCUACAAACUGGGAAGGAGGGAUUCGAGUGCCUGGCCUCCUCUACUGGCCUGACGUUCUUGAGCCUGGAAAACAUAUUUAUGACCCAACAAGUAAUAUGGAUAUAUUCCCUACCAUAAUUAAACUUGCUGGAGCAUCACUGCCCAAUGACCGAAUUAUUGAUGGACAUGAUCUAAUGCCCUUGCUUCAAGGCAAUGCUCUCCAAUCUGAGCAUGAAUUUCUCUUUCAUUAUUGUAAUGCAUAUUUAAAUGCAGUUCGGUGGCAUCCAAGAAACAGUAACUCUAUUUGGAAGAUAUUUUACUUCACUCCAAAUUUCAGUCCCAAAGAAUCUAAUGGCUGCCACGAUUAUCAUGUGUGCUUCUGCCAUGGGCAGUUUGUCACAUAUCAUGAUCCACCACUACUUUUUGAUCUUUCCAAGGACCCAGAAGAAAACAAUCCACUGACACCAGAAACAGAGAGCCACUUCCAUGAAAUUCUUCAAGCUAUUCACCAUGCAGUGGACAACCACACCAAGUCAAUACUUCCUGUUCCCAAUCAAUUUUCACUGGGACAUAUCCUAUGGAAGCCCUGGCUUCAGCCUUGCUGUUCUUCCUUACUCCAAUGGUGUUACUGCAAUUAUGAAUCAUGAGGAAACAAAACUUCAUGUAGAGCCUGACAUUAUCACUGAGAAUUAGUAAAGAACUCAUGUUCUUUAGGAAUAAACAAGAACACAUUGUAAUAAUAUUUCCUUAAUAUUUGCAUUAAUUGUGCUUAAAAUAAUGUAAGAGUUACUAGAACUGGGUUAAAGCGGGCUCACGUAUCCUUGAAGUCCCAGCAAAAGUGGGUGAUGGAGAGACCAUAGUUUUGCUAAUAUUCCCAGAGUAAUUUUUCUGAGUAAAAUGGAAAUCUAAUACAACCAGGCUGUCUUCUUUACUCACAACGCAUAUGGAAUAUGUUAUAGUUCUAAUGUAAUGUAAUAUUUUCUCCAGUGUAGCAUGGUGGGAUAAUAUGCUGCCUCAUUAUUUUGGUUCAUCACACAAUCAGAUAUCAAAUUCUGUCUAUUCCAGGUCCUUGGGAAGAACUCGAUAGAUAAAAAUGCCAAAGCCAGUCUGAAUAUCUGGCUGACUCUGCAAUGAACUAUAAUUGAUUGCCAAAUUGUUAAAUUUAGUAAUAAUUAAACUAUCAUCAAAUUUAGGUUUGCUUAGGGCCUCACAUAUUACUGUACCCAGUGGCAUAAAUCUAGGAUCCACUAAAUACAGCAUGGUAUACUGUAUCAUUUGUAUGCUGAAUGGGGUUCAUAGAUGCAAUUUUAUUUACCCAUAUGCUGCAAACUCUUCCUGCCUUUUUAGAGCAAUAUAGUUUCUGGAUGCAUGCUACAGAGUUAAAUGACCAAUUCUUUACAUAUUAAUUCAAGACUGGGGAAAGUGUAGUCCUGGAAAUGCAGCCAGCAAAGGCAAUGAAUAGGAAUAGAGAUUGCAGUUAAAUGACAUUUGAAAAGGCAGUGGCUCUUUAUACCAAUAGAUAAUAAAGCCAUGCUACAAAAUGUGGAUAUUUUAGCCUACUCUAAAUAUAAAUAUUAGCAGGAAUGGACCUUAUGCAGGUGGAAUCACCUAGGAAUCUUCACACUGAUGUGAGUGUGAAACUCUAAGAUAUGUCAACCUUAGUAGAAUGAAGUUGCAAGAAGAGGUUCAGUUCCUACAUAGGUAAAAGAGCUGCCCAGAAUGCUUUGCUUCAAAGCUCAUUUGGAUGUUCUGCUUCACAGAUUGCAUUAUCCAAAUGGACAGAUUUACCACAAAGUGUGCUACAUUAGCAUUGCUAUUCAAAGAAAAGAUCCAUUUUUCAUCACAUAUCCCCUUUGCUGAUAUCAUCAGACUGACAAGAUUUAAUAAAUAUAUCUUUAAUUGUGAGUCAACCCUAAUGGAUAAUAUUAUCAUCAGUUAUUAGACAUAAUAGAAAAAUGUAACUAUUAUAGUCCAAUCCCAUCAAAUCAUACUACAUUACAGAGAUACAGAAAGUUCAGAUUCCUUCUGUGUCUUCUAGAUGCCAAAGCUAAAUUUAGCUGUUUUUCAUUUUGUUGGACAUUUAGGUGCAGUUCAAGUGAUAAAUGAUUGACUGCUUGUUCUAAGUCAUCCACACUCUUUAAGCUACCUAAAGUAUACUCUGAAAACAAUUCCCACCCCACAGUCCUGGAAGGUGGCUCUUCAUAUGCUACAAAAAGCUUUGCAUAGUACUUAAACUGAUGGAAAUUGUUUAUUCCUACUAUAUUAUUUACAAUAAAAUCUUCCUUUGCUUUAAAUGUUUUAAAUAUUUACAAGAGCUGGGGCAAGACAAUUUUCUAUCCAAAAUUAAAGACAUAAUGCUCCAUACUCAUGUAUUAAAUGCAAAAAAUUGUCCUCAUCCAAGCACAUCUGUUGUUUUCAUGGGAGGAAAAGUAUGAACAUAGGAUGACAAUUAAUGUAUUUCAUUAGAUCAGUGACUCAUAGUACUACUGCUAAUUAAUGAAUUGCUUUAUGCUGUAGCAUGAGACAUGCUAAAGUAUUAAAUAUUGUACAUUAUCCCUAAAAGUCUAAUUGUUUUCAGUCUUCUUAAUUGUUAAAUGUAAGUCAUUUUAAAAUGUGGGUCAUAUUUACAUUUUUGUGGUAUUCUUAGAAUACUUCCAUGCAAUCUUAGUAUGGUUAUUCUGAAUUUUAAAUGGAUUUAUGUAAUCCACAAAACCAUAACUAUGUCUGUAAAUUUCAUCUGUAUCAUUGAAAAAGUGUAUUAUAAAAAGGAUUGUAAAGUAGAAAAAAAUAAGUAAAUAUGUAUAUCAACAAUUAUUAUUCAAAUUGAAGUAAAUCAAUAUCAAAAUAUAAUAUAAAAAUCAAAUAUAAUCAAUAUUAUACAUUGACAUUGUUGAAUUAGCUGUGUAAACAGCAAAGCUCUGAUUGUGUGAAUGUUCCAAGGAAGAGUAUCUGCUGUAUUACCAGCCCUCUGGCACAUCCUGCCCCCAGGAUGAAGCUUGAUCCACCCUUCUAUCUUUCCUCAAGGGCCUGAAGAUUGGCUCUGCUGCUUGGCCUGGGGACCUAAUAGGGGUGUAUCUCCAGCGUGCGGCAUUUUAUCAUUAGCUGACCCCAAACACCUCUGUGCUUUCUGCUCCCCCUCUACCCAUAUUUAAAUUCAUAUUAUUAUACUUUUCUUGUUUAUUUUUUAAUUGUUUUGCUAUUGUUAUGUUUACAUUCUGUUUAAUCAUUUUCUUCCGCUUUACCAUUGUAAGCCACCGAAAGUAUCUCCAUGGUAAAUAUAUUUAACUAAACUAAUAAAUAUAUCAAUAAAUAAAUAAAUUUUAAAAAACA